AUGCUCGACUCCGCCUCAUUGCUUGCGUUUGUUCUAGGUUUUCUCAUCCUUGCACUGACAAUGAAGCGUAAGGAAUCGACGAAAACCGUAUUAAUGACUUCAAACACAAGAAACCUCCCUCUCCCUCCCGGACCAAAACCAUGGCCUCUAAUCGGAACCCUACCGGAUAUACUAGGGAGGAACAAACCGGUGUUUCGGUGGAUACAUUCCCUCAUGGAAGAACUCAACACUGAUAUUGCAUGUAUCCCUCUCGCCAAUACUCACGUCAUUCCCGUGACAUCCCCGCGGAUUGCAAGGGAGAUUCUGAAGAAGCAAGACUCCAUUUUCGCCACUAGACCGCUAACCAUGGGCACGGAGUAUAGCAGCCGCGGGUACUUAACCAUUGCGGUGGAGCCACAAGGCGAGCAGUGGAAGAAGAUGAGGAGAGUGGUGGCAUCUCACGUGACGUGUCAAAAGAGCUUCAGAUCGACGCUCGAGAAGAGAACCGAAGAGGCCGAUAACCUCGUACGGUACAUCAAUAAACUCUGUGUCAAAAACCACGGUAAUGGUUUUGAUCAGGGUAUUGAUGUUAGGCAUGUGGUGCGGCAAUACAGCGGCAAUGUAGCUCGGAAGAUGUUGUUUGGUGUAAGACAUUUUGGCAAAGGAAGUGAAGAUGGUUCUGGUCCGGGGUUCGAAGAGAUUGAACAUGUUGAUUCUUUGUUUACGGUUGUAACACAUCUUUACGCCUUUGCACUGUCGGAUUAUGUACCGUGGCUGAGGUUCUUGGACUUGGAAGGCCAUGAGAAGGUCGUGAGUGGCGCAAUGAGGAAUGUAAGUAAGUACAACGAUCCUUUUGUCGAUAAAAGACUCGAGCAAUGGCGUAAUGGGAAGAUAAACGAGCCUCAAAAUUUUCUUGACAUGCUUAUAUUGGCAAAGGACACCAAUGGGAAGCCUGCUCUAUCCGAUGAAGAAAUCAAAGCACAAGUGACGGAACUAAUGUUAGCGACGGUUGAUAAUCCGUCAAAUGCGGCAGAGUGGGCCAUGGCGGAGAUGAUUAACGAGCCUAGCAUCAUGCAGAAAGUCGUGGAGGAGAUCGAUAGGGUAGUUGGGAAGAACCGCUUUGUCCUUGAAUCCGAUCUCCCAAGUCUCAACUAUUUGAAGGCUUGUGUGAAAGAGGCGUUCCGGCUACACCCAGUGGCACCGUUCAACCUCCCACACAUGUCGACCGCCGAUGCAGUGGUGGACGGUUACUUCAUUCCCAAGGGAAGUCACGUGCUGAUAAGUCGUUUAGGGAUCGGGAGAAACCCUAACGUGUGGGUUAAUCCGCUUAAGUUCGAUCCUGAAAGACAUUUGGCCAAUAACCAAAACGUGGAGCUAAACGAUCCAGAUCUUAAUUUAAUAUCGUUUAGCGCGGGGAGAAGAGGGUGCAUGGGUUCAAACAUUGGCUCAGCCAUGACGUACAUGCUGCUGGCUCGGUUGAUUCAAGGGUUCACGUGGUCAUCAGUGCCUGGUGACAAUAAAAUUGACACUUCGGAAAGCAAGAGUGAUCUUUUCAUGGCGAAACCUUUACACGCGGUUGGAACACCUCGUCUGGCUCCACACGUUUACUCAACCUAA